GAGGCAUUCGACCGCCACAGGUGCGGUUGAAGACACUUGUUUAAAGUUACAUUCUUAUAAAACUGAUAAUUGCCAUAUUAUCACAGGGAACAUUUUCGCAGUUUAGAAAAGUGUUCUACUACGAACAUUCGCCUGUGCUUAAGUGACUUCUCCAUCUCUCAGACUUAAGUGCUUCUUCGACAAAAUAAAAAAUAAAAGAAAAACUAGUUGAUUUCCCAAAGAAAGGGGGGAAAGGUUAUAUCGUGGUUCCAACAAGACAAAAGUGGUUCUCUCAAGAUUCCAGUGGUUCAGACUCGAACGACCCCCCAGGAAAUAAGUGGUUCUCUUGAAGGCAAAGGGUUCACCAAGAAUCUGGUUCUACAGGCAAAAUGGGAAGCAAGUUCGACGAAUUGCUGGUACGCCUCGGGACCGGCAAGUGGAACUAUCUGUAUUUCAUCUCAGCUUCUGUUUGGUUCUUCCUCAUCCCCCCACAGAGCUUAAGUGGGGCUUACCUCGCUCCCCACAUCCCCCACACGUGUCGACCACCCCAGGAUGUCAACGCUACGAUCUCAGAAGACUCGUGUUCAUACGUCAUCAACACUACAUCGGGGAGCAACGUCUACCCGUGUACAGAAUGGGACUUCGAUUUAACGGUUUUCUCGUCUACACUGACGUCUGAGUUUCAGCUCGUCUGUGACCGAGACUACCUGCGAGCGACCUACCAGAGUAUGAUGAUGUUCGGUAACUUUUUCAGCCCUAUUGUGGGUGGGGUUUUGGCAGACAGAUUCGGCCGUCGCCUCGUGAUAAUCGUCACCCUGUCUCUCUUCACUUUCCUCUCCUCCUCCAUCUCUUUCCUCACCAACUUCAACCUGAUCUUGGCCUUUCGUGCGGCGCUGGGCUGCGUCAACCUCCCUACCUUCUUCAUUUUGGCCAUGGAGGUGUGUGAGCCCAAGAUGCGUUCCUUUGUGGGCGUUCUCACUGCCUUGCCGUGGGCGGCCGGUACCAUGGCGUGGGGGGGCGUGGCUUACUUGAUCCGAGACUGGAGGACUUUAAACCUGGUCGUCUCGCUGCCCAACCUGGUGAUCUUCCCUGCGCUCUACCUGAUGGACGAAUCGCCCCGCUGGAUGAUCAUCCGCGGGCAGCACGAGCGGGCGCUGGCGACGCUGACGAAGGCGGCGAGGUGGAACGGGGUGGCGCUCCCUCCCGAGGACGACCUCAGGGGGACCAUGAGGGACAUCCAGGCGGAGACCACGUCAUCUACUGAGAAAAAAGAAGUAAAAUCUAAAAAAGAAUCAGUGAGAAACAAGCUCGAUUUUGCAUUAAUUCUAUGCAGGACCAGGAAAAUCACCAUCGUGACCGUCAUCAUGUUCAUCGACUACCUCAUCGUGUCCAUGGUCUUCUACGGCCUCUCCCUCAGCGCCACCUCCUUCAGCGCCGACCCCUUCAUCUACAUGGCCCUCGCGGGACUCGUCGAGAUCCCUGGCUACUCCGUCACGGCGCCGAUCAUCGCUAAACUCGGACGCAAAGGGCCGGCGACCUUCGGCUUCCUGGUGUGCGGGGCCGCCAUCUUGGUUCUGGCUCUUAUUCCGUCCCGCGUGACAUGGCUGGUGAUGAUUCUGGCCAUGACGGGGAAGCUUUUCAUCAGCGCCUCCUAUCAGAUUAUCUACGUUUACGUCACUGAGCUUUUCCCAACGGAGGUGCGGACUACUGGCAUGGGCAGUGCCAUCGUGGCAUCGCGUAUCGGAUCGGUUCUGGCACCCUUCGUCACGGAUUUUGUGGGCCCGGUGCUUCCCUGGGCUCCCUCGGUGAUCUUCGGAGCCUCUUCGCUGGUGGCGGGCGCCGUGACCCUGGUCCUGCGGGAGACGCUGGGUUCGCCGUUGCCGGACACCAUAGCCGACCUCGAGACCAUCGACAAGCGGCACAGGCAACGAGACGCAGGCACCCCGGGCGAGUUGGUCGAUCUGGCGCCGUGAUUGGCCGGCCAGCCUCUGCCUCCGUCGCCCGCCAGCCAAUCAAACUCAGAUGUUCGUAUGUGUAUAUGUACAGAUAUAUACAUAUAAAAGCAUGAAUACAUACAUACAUAUAUAUACAAAUAUAUAUAUAUAUAUGCAGAUAUUGAUAUGCAGACGGAUAUAAAUAAAUACAAAU